UAAUCCUCAUGUGACUAGCUGAUGAAAUCCAGAUUGCUGUAGCUUAAGCACAAAAACACCAUUUUGCUGUUCGUGUUUGUAAAGUGCUAACAAGAACGUGUUUCAUCAUGGCCAAGUUACUUCUCUGCGUUCUUCUGCUUGCUUGUAGUCCUUGUUUUAGACCUGGAAUGUCAGCUACUACCGAUGCACCUACCGAUGCAACAAGUGAAGCAUCAACUGCCCAAACAACUGGACAAGUAUCUACUAAAGCUGGAGGGACAACAGUUAAGUCCACAGCUACCUCUGGUUCCACCGCAUUUAUUACAACACCCGCUACAGACGAAAUGACAAAUGCGACCAUGGAACAGACAACGAUGACAACGGAGAUAACAACGGAUAACACUACAACUGAUAACACUACAAAUGAACCGACCACAAUGGCAAUCACGACCCCUCCAGUUACAACAUUGCCUCCUCCUGGAAAAUAUGUAGUGAACGGUUCUGAUGGAACAUGCAUCUUGAUGCAGUUUUAUCUCCAAGUCAUGAUUACUUACAAGAAAACAGAUGGAGAGGUAGCUACAACAUCUGUCGUUUUCCCGGAUACCUCUGUUCCUACGGGAAAUUGUACCGAUAACAGCCGGUAUUUCUCCCUGGCAUACCCGGCGCACGAUGACUGGCACCUCAGGUUGGACUUCAACGUCGAGGAGAAGAUGUACGAGAUGACUUCCCUCACUCUCCAGUGGAAAUAUGAGGAGCCUUUUUUCUCUGAUACUGAUCAAAUGGGUGACACGGACGACAUCAAAUUCGAUGACCCUAAGAGCCUGAACGUUCGAGCCGAUACUGGCAUGACCUUUGAGUGUAAAAUACGGAAACUACAAGCAGAGUCAGUUAAUAUAACGCUGGAAGAGAUCAAGUUUCAGCCAUAUGCUCAGCAGUCAGAUGACAAGGGCGACUUUGGUAAAUCGGAACUCUGUGAUGAAGAUAAACCAACUAAAAAACCACAAGGCCCAGCAGAUGACACCGGCAUGAUAGUGGGAAUUGUCCUCGGAUCUGUUGCUGGUGUUAUUCUUAUCAUUGGAGGACUGUACUUUUUUAUGAGGCACAGGCGCCAGCGUGAAUCAUACAAAAGUCUGGAUUAAAACCUACAACUGGGAGGCUCUGACAGUAUCCUAAGUCAGAAUUUGUUUUUUUUCGAAAACAGGAGAAAAGCUAUUGGUAGCUUUAUCUUGAAAAAUUAAUUCUCAGACAUUUCUUUUUAAAAACUUAAAAGUCGGUAAAUCACAUACCCGGUAACCUUUGGGAGUUGGGGGUUGGGUGAAGAGGUGGGAUAGAGUGCUACUUGGCAUGACAACAAACGGAUCCAUAAGGUCACUGACUAAGUCGAAAUGGACUAAAUCCGGCCCAUUGCGAUGACCAGAAUGCAAGAAAUUACUUCCAGUUAAAUAGUCAAUCUGAUUCAAUUGUUAAUGCGUGCGCUCGGGGACCAUCUUAACUUGGUUCGAUUUGUCUUGUAAAUAUAGUGAACUAUGUACCUCUCACCGCACUUUUCAAGUUGUGUUUCCAAAUCAAUACUAAAAAUUAUCAGAAAUAUAAAUAAUACACAGCAGUCGAAUAAAAUUCAAUCCAAACGGCUUGAUAUUCAAGCAUUUAUUUCUUUCUCUUUCGCGAAAAGAUAUCACAUGCAUGAAAGGCUGGUUAUGUUGCACUUAGUCGAUAACGGGUACUAGCCAAUCGAUGAGAUUAUUGAGCAACGAUCAUGCAAACAUGAUUUCGAUAAAUAGUAGAUUGAACUAUUCAAGGUGUCAUAUAUUACAGCUGCAUUGUUUGUGAUUUAUACGAUACAUUGUUUUGCUAUGUUUCUAUCAAUUUUACUUUUAGCAAAUAUAAACUUGGGACUAUAUAUGUGAAGAAAAAAACCAAGACGGGAAAAUCCACUCUUUGUCUUGAUUUAACCCAUGUCGGUAUCCAUAGGCCAUUAUACAAUUAUCAACACGGUUUAAGGAAAGCAGUGGAAGGUAUAACAACGUGGGACAACAACUUGUGCUUCUUAGACGUGUUGGAACCGAUUUAAUGAAGUGCAUUUGUCCAAAAAUAUAUAUGACGUGAUGCAAUCCAAUAAAUCACACCUAUACAGAUAUAUCAAAUUCGUAAUUAUAUAAAUAUGAUCACAUUCUAAUAAAUUAUCAUUACUCGUCAUAAACGUAUUAAAAAAAAGUUACAAGUGGCAAUUUAUUUUAACACUAUGUCAUUGCCAGUGGCAUGCCCUCCGCUUAGAAUUUGGGCAAGGCAGAUUUAGCUGUUUUAUUGUUAACAAUACAAGUGCCCAUUCUAAGUAGGACCCCAGUUACGCCGCUGGUUGUUGCAUAUCGUUGCUGUAAAUUCAAAGGCGAUUGUGGAUUAUUAUGGCACAUAAUCCUAUAUAUUCUUCCUAUUAGCAUAACAGCUGUUAAUUUGCUAUCAUGAGAUAAAAUAGCCACCAAAAAAAUCUG